AUGGCGAGGAAGCUCGGUGUGUUUGAAAUCUUUCUGUUCAUCUGCUUCCUAAUUGUAUUGGCCGCAGAUAUCUUCUUGCUGUUUCUGGUGCUUGAUAAUACUCCAGAUCCUCCAUUUAGUCCACAGUGCACUGAGAUCCCUGAAUCACAUAGGAUAGACUGUGCGCCUGGCGAGAUGGUGUCAAAGGAAACCUGCCGGGAUAGAUACAAGUGCUGCUGGAAGCCUGUGUCAGACACCAAUGUCCCCAGGUGCUUCUUCCCCAGGAACUGGGGCUAUGAAGUCAAUGGAAGCCUUAAACAUGAACACACAGGGUUAACUGCUGGCUUGAAAAAGUUGUCAAACCCACCUCGGUUUGGAAAUGAUGUCCCUAAUGCCAACUUCACAGCUGAGUAUCAGACACCCAGGCGUCUUCGUUUUAAGAUCACUGAAACCAAUAACACACGCUAUGAAGUCUCCCAUGAGCAUGUUAAGCUGUUUAAUAUGACUGCUGGUUCCACCAACCGGAGCUAUCACGUCGAGGUCAUAGAGAAACCCUUUGGCAUCAAAAUAAUGAGGAAGAGCAACAAAAAAGUCUUGUUGGACACGAGCAUUGGGCCCCUCCUGUUCGCCAAUCAGUACCUGCAGCUGUCCUUCCUGCUGCCCAGCGCCAACGUGUAUGGGCUGGGAGAACACGUGCACCAGCAGUACCGCCACGACAUGAGCUGGAAGACCUGGCCCAUCUUCACCCGGGAUGCCACCCCCACCAAGGGCAUGAUUAACUUGUAUGGAGCCCACACAUUCUUCUUGUGCCUUGAAGAUACCAGUGGCUCCUCUUUUGGGGUCUUUCUGAUGAACAGUAAUGCUAUGGAGGUCACCCUUCAGCCAGCUCCUGCAAUCACUUACCGCACCAUCGGGGGCAUUUUUGACUUUUAUGUGUUCCUGGGAGACACUCCAGAACAAGUGGUUCAGGAAUACCUGGAGCUCGUUGGACGGCCAUUCCUGCCUUCCUACUGGAAUCUUGGUUUCCAGCUUAGUCGCAGGAAUUAUAAUAACAUCGAGGGAUUGAAAGAGGUUGUAGAGCGAACUCGUAAAGCUAGGAUCCCAUAUGAUGUUCAGUACUCGGACAUAGACUACAUGGAUGGAAAGAAGGACUUCACUAUUGAUGAAAAGGCUUUCCCUGGUCUCUCAGAUUUUGCCAAGAACUUACACGAACAUGGACAGAAAUAUGUAAUUAUUAUGAAUCCUGGCAUCUUACAUGAUUCUGAAUACCAGCCCUAUAAGAAUGGAAGAAAAAAGAGAGUAUGGGUCUUGGGGAAUAAAGGCUUUGUCACUGGACAGGGAUACCCUGGGAAGAUAGUCUUUCCUGCUUAUGAUAAUCCAUUUUGUACUCAAUGGUGGACAGAAGAGCUUCAAGAAUUUCAUAAAACUUUGGAGUUUGAUGGAGUGUGGCUUGAAAUGGAGGAAGUAUCUGUUCUCCAAGGUUCUGAUCAUGGGUGUGAAGAUAACAACUGGAACUACCCUCCUUUCACUCCCCGAGUUCUGGACCGCUCGCUUUUUGCAGGAACUCUCUGCAUGGACGCCGAAGUUUACCAGGAGCUUCACUAUAAUGUCCACAGCCUGUAUGGCUACUCCAUGGCAAGAGCCACAGACUCGGCCUUGAAUACUGUCUUCCCCAAAAAGAGGAACUUCAUCUUGUCCCGUUCUACUUUUGCUGGGUCUGGCAAGUUUGCAGCUCAUUGGUUAGGGGACAAUGCAGCUGCAUGGGAUGAUCUUCGAUGGUCCAUACCUAGUAUCCUUGAGUUCAACCUAUUUGGCAUCCCCAUGGUCGGUGCCAAUAUCUGUGGUUAUAAAAAUAAUACCACAGAGGAGCUCUGCAGAAGAUGGAUGCAGCUUGGAGCAUUUUAUCCACUAUCCAGGAAUCACAAUGGGCCUGGGUUCAGGGACCAGGACCCUGCUGCCUUUGGUGAAGACUCUCAGCUAUUGAGUUCCUCCAGGCAUUAUCUGAACAUCCGCUACACCCUGCUGCCUUAUCUCUACACUCUCUUCUACCGAGCUCAUACCCGGGGGGAAACUGUAGCGAGGCCCCUGGUCCACGAGUUCUACCAGGACAAUGCUACAUGGGAUGUGCAUGAGCAGUUCUUAUGGGGACCUGGACUCCUCAUCACGCCUGUGUUAUAUGAAGGUGUGGACCGGGUGAAAGCAUACAUACCAGAUGCCAUCUGGUACGACUAUGAGACAGGAACAGCCAUCCAAUGGAGGAAACAAUUGGUGGAGAUGCAACUGCCCCCUGAUAGGAUAGGACUUCACCUUCGAGGGGGCUACAUAUUUCCCAUCCAGCAGCCAAACACAACCACAGAGGCCAGUCGGAAGAACUCCCUGGGACUCAUUAUUGCCUUGGACUACAAGAGAGAAGCAAAGGGAGAGCUGUACUGGGAUGAUGGUAUAUCUGCAGAUGCUGUAACGGAAAAGAAUUAUACUCUGUAUGAGUUUUCUGUCACCUCAAACCAUCUACAAGCAAAGAUUACAAAUAAUUAUAUGGAUUCCGACAACCUCACAUUUACAGAUAUCACAAUCUUGGGAAUGGACAAAGAACCUACUAAUUUUGUCCUUAAUGAUAUUGACAUUUUAAACGUUAGCUACAAUGCAUCAACGAAGGUGGUGAAAAUCACUGAUCUCGAGGGACUGGUACUGGGACAAGAAUUCUCCAUGAGGUGGACUCUUUUGGUCAGUAACCAAGAGAAGUUCAACUGCUACCCUGAGGAGCCCACUCCCUCUGAGGAGAAGUGCAAGCAGCGGGGGUGCCUUUGGGAGAACACAGAUGUUCCUGGUGUGCCCACCUGUUUCUAUGACACCAUCCCUAAGUAUGCUCCCAGUAAUAUUCAGUACUCGCCCACUGGCAUCACCACAGACCUUACCCACCUGACAGCCCCUGAGUCAGCUCGAGCAGCAGCACCAUCACUACGGAGCACACGACGUACACCUGCAGCAGCAGCCACCACCUCUCACCCUCUCUCUGCAGAGAUCAGCUCCCUUAGGAUCAGCGUGAUCUACCACACAGAAAGCAUGCUGCAGUUCAAGAUCUAUGAUCCCACUAAUAAAAGGUACGAGGUCCCAGUGCCUCUGAACAUCCCUUCCUCUCCUGUUGGCUCACCUGAAAACCGUCUGUAUGAUGUCAGGAUUCAAAACAAUCCUUUCGGGAUCCAGAUUCAACGAAAGAACUCCAGCACUGUGAUUUGGGAUUCUCAGCUCCCAGGCUUCACCUUCAAUGACAUGUUCCUUUCCAUUUCUACUCGCCUCCCCUCUGAGAACAUCUAUGGCUUCGGAGAAACUGAGCACACAACUUUUAGAAGAAACAUUAGCUGGAACACAUGGGGAAUAUUUUCUCGAGAUGAGCCACCAGGGUACAAGAAGAAUUCCUAUGGUGUCCACCCCUACUACAUGGGACUGGAGGAGGAUGGCAAUGCCCAUGGAGUGCUUCUGCUAAACAGUAAUGCCAUGGAUGUGACAUUGCAGCCUACUCCUGCCCUGACAUAUCGCACCACAGGAGGGAUUUUGGACUUUUAUGUAGUUUUGGGGCCAACUCCCGAGCUUGUAACCCAGCAAUACACUGAGUUGAUUGGUCGGCCAGCAAUGGUUUCAUACUGGGCCUUGGGAUUCCAGCUGAGUCGCUAUGGAUACCAGAAUGAUACUGAAAUCUCCAAUUUGUAUGAUGAAAUGGUGGAAGCCAAUAUUCCCUAUGAUGUUCAGCAUGUAGACAUCGAUUACAUGGACCGGAAGCUGGACUUUACCCUCAGCACGAGCUUUCAAAACCUUAGUCUGCUGAUGGAGCGAAUGAAGAAAAAUGGCACAAGAUUUGUCCUUGUUCUGAAUCCAGGCAUUUCUCGCAACGAGACCAACUAUCUCCCAUUCACCACAGGGCAGGAAAACAAUGUAUUCAUCAAAUGGCCUAACAGCAGUGACAUUGUCUGGGGAGAGGUAAGAUGGGAGGAGAUGCCUCUGUACAAAGUCCACAUCGCUUAUCCUGAUUUCCUGCGUAACAGCACAGCUGCUUGGUGGAAGGAGGAAAUAAAAAAGCUCUACACAAGCCCAAAGAGCUUGAAGUUUGAUGGACUGUGGAUCGAUAAGAAUGAGCCAUCAAACUUUGUGGAUGGAUCUGUCAGUGGCUGCCGUGAUGAAAUUCUUAAUAAGCCACCGUAUAUGCCAUAUUUGGAGUCCAGGGACAGGGGUCUCAGCAGCAAGACCCUGUGCAUGGAGAGUGAGCAGAUCCUGCCCGACGGCUCCCGGGUGCGGCACUACGAUGUGCACAGCCUGUACGGGUGGUCCCAGACCAGACCCACAUACGAAGCUGUGCAGGAGGUGACGGAUCAGCGAGGGGUCGUCAUUACCCGUUCCACGUUCCCCUCUUCUGGCCGCUGGGCAGGACACUGGCUGGGAGACAACACAGCUGCAUGGGACCAGCUGAGGAAGUCUAUCAUUGGCAUGAUGGAGUUCAGUCUCUUUGGAAUACCUUAUACAGGAGCAAAUAUCUGUGGAUUCUUGGGAAAUGCUGAAUAUGAGAUGUGUCUUCGCUGGAUGCAACUGGGGGCGUUUUAUCCAUUUUCCAGGAACCACAACACCAUCGGGACAAGGAGACAAGAUCCUGUGGCCUGGAAUUCAACCUUUCAGAUGUACUCAAAAAAAGUCCUCCAGACCAGAUACACCCUGCUGCCUUACCUCUAUACUCUGAUGCACAAAGCUCACGUUGAGGGCAGCACUGUUGUCCGCCCUCUCCUCCAUGAGUUUAGAGAAGAUAGGACAACGUGGGAUAUAGACCGUCAGUUCAUGCUGGGCCCUGCCGUCUUAAUCAGCCCCGUGCUGACAAGUAAUACUUUUGAGGUCCAUGCUUAUUUCCCCAGAGCCCGUUGGUAUGACUAUAGCAUGGAAUCUGGCAAUACAUCGACAGGUGAGUGGAGAAUCCUGGAGGCUCCCCUUGACCACAUCAACCUUCAUAUCAGAGGAGGCUACAUCUUGCCUUGGCAGGAGGUUGCAAUGAACACUCACUCCAGUCGACAACUAUUUAUGGGAUUGAUUGUUGCUUUGGAUGACAAUGGGAAAGCUGAAGGUCAGAUGUUCUGGGAUGAUGGACAAAGCAUUGUUUCAUAUUUUAAGCUCUUAUAUUUAGUAGCAAGAUACAGUGUAAUUGAAAACAUAUUGCAAAUCCAGACCAUGCACAAUAAGUAUUUGAAUGAUUCAAAUCAACUGAAAGUUGGAUAUAUUAAAAUCUGGGGGAUCCAUUCUACUGAUGUGACACAAGUCAAUGUCACCUAUAACAACAAGCAAUUCACAACAAUGAAUUUCACGAGUGACCCCUACAAUCAGACACUAACUAUUCAACUGAUUAACAAGAUUUUCAGGCUGGAAAAGUUAACUGAGGUCACUUGGAGUCACAAUGUUCCCAACGUUACUUCUACACCAAUGACGAGUACCUUCUCAUCAACAUCUCCAGAUCCUACAUCUACUAUUAUUGCUACCAUUUCUGAGUCUAUUGUCACUAGUUCUGCUAGCAAUAGUACUGCCUCUCCUAUUAUAACCACUUCUUUCCCAACAAAUAGCAAUGCUACUAGCACUAAUAAUACGCUUCCGAUUACAAUGAUUCCUUCUCUUACAAAUACUGAGACUGAUACUACUAGCAUGGAUUCAGUUACUACAAAUGUUUUAAAUACUACCACUGCUAGAAACACAAAAACAACUACAGCUAUCACAACACUUACUUUAAUAACAAAUGCUACUUCUGAACAACCUACUACUGUGAUCAUGUCAACUCUACCUCCUACAGGCACCCUUGGUAUCACCACCACAGAUAAUGUACUGACCAGAAUCAGUACCACUACUUAUCCUCCAGAUACCCCUACCCAUGCUUUAAGUACCACAUCCAGGAGCACUCAAAGCACCACCAAUACCAAUAUUACCAAUAUGACAACUGGUGUUACUGACAUUAUAAAUACUUCCACUGCUACUUCCUCACAUAUGAACAUUACAGAUAUUAAAUCUACUACUAAAGUUGCUGGAAAUGCCGUCACAGCGUAUACUACCACCAUCACUACAUCUGUUUUCAGCACAAAAACUAUAAAUUCAAACACUACUUCUGACACCAUCUUUACAAAUACUUACAUUCCAAGUACCACAGCUAUUCCCACCACCAAUACUUCGAAGAUUACAGAGCAUUCAGAAAAUAUUGCUGAUGCAGAUAACUCCAGGCGUGUUUUUAUUCCAAAUACUAUAGUAGCCUCAGAUUCACUAACACCUUUUCUGGAUACAGCAACUCACCAUCAUGUAACAACAAAUUCUACAACCAGUUUUUUACCUCUUAUUGUAACUAAUGCUACCACGGCUAUUACGAAUGUUACCAUUUAUGCUUCAAAUACUAUUAUUCCUGAUAGAACACCAAUGGAUGCCUCUACUACUGCAUUGACUUAUAUUGCAAACACCAAAAAUACUACUGUAGUUCCCUGAUUACUACUCAAAGCAGGAUAACUACUACAGGCAUCUCUUUAAAACAACUAUUACAGAUAUAGAAAAUCAAUUAACAGGUACAUGAUUUUAUGCUAUAUAAAAUUUCACAAAUAUCUGCACUAGCUUUUACAGAUAUGGCUACUCCAAGCACUGUAAGCAUUGAAGGUAUAUCUCAAGAUGUAUCCAGUACUUACUUUAUAACUACUUCUUUUGGAACCAGAAUAUAUGCAACUAUUUUUAAAAUUAUAACUCACAUAGCCCCAUCAAUUAC